AUGGCUUCCAACUCAAAAGGACCGACGGCGCCUUCGCAAACGUCCACAAGACGUUCAUCCACGCUCAGUUCAUCCAUGUCAUCUGCCAGCGUUUCCCGCAAGCCACGGGCCGCGUCGACUGCUUCGCUAGCGAGCGGAAGCACGACGGUUCGCAACAGCAACAAGCUCAGCACCAGCACGGGCGGCGCGCCGAAUUAUCGCUCGCCCAACGCGACACCGGUCCCCACACCCUCAGCAAAGCGCAUGUCCACGUCCAUACCUUCUCUAGCUAGCAACAGGCGCAUAUCAGCACCUGUACAAGGAUUUCCGCGAUUGGACCCAGAAAACUCGACACCCCAGUCGCCAGCGAUGGUCCUGACACGUCGUGUGGGCGACGGCCCUGCCAAACCUGUUGGAUUGCCCUCCGUGGCCGGAUCGUUGAGGACACCCCGCACUACAUCACUGUUCAAUGGAUCAGCCUCCCAGCUCGCCAAAACCUCAUCCCAAGAUGAAAGCAACGGAUCACCCGCCCGCCCUGGCCCUAGAACGCGAAUUACGUCUAUGACCAGCACCCCACCUCGGCCAAUAGCACCCCCAUCAACCACCAGCGCACGUACAAAAAUGUCCAAGACGCCUUCUUCCACCUCGCUUCUCUCUGCUUCAAGCUCCAUCAGCCUGAGCUUAACGUCACCCAGCCCCCAGGCCAAAGGCAAGCCAAAGCCCAUCAACACUGCUAUCACGCCGCCCAAGUUCGCGCUGAGCAAUAAGACGAACAUGGCGGAACACUCGACGCCUUCGAAGCAGGCUGGAACCACACCCAAAGGCACUCCGAAGUCGACGUCGAAGAAGGGUCAGAAGACACCUGCGAAGGGAGCUUCUGGUGUGGAGGAUUUGUGGAGUUCGCCCAACAAUUCGUUGGGCAAGUCGUACGACGACACCAUGAAGAUGCAUGGCAAGGUUCUCAGCAACGGAACGGGAACCGCCGUCGCGACUGACGAUGGGAAUGCGUUUUGGGACGGGGACGACAUGUCUCUGGAGAUGGUCACAGAUUUAGAUGAUGGCGAUGUCGACGAAGAAAUGGACACAGCUCUCCAAGGCAUACUCCAAAUGCACACUAGAAAAAUUCUGCACUACAAAAGGUUGCUUGAGCGCGCCCAUGCAUCGACUGCUGCCCAACUUCACGCUCUCCAAGCUCAAGUACGCGUGCUACGCGAGUCUGCACCUACCAACAAUUCUGCGAGCUAUCAGAACCUGUCCUUACUUAGCGGAGACCCGGACAGUCUGUGCAUCUGUGGUGGAAAGAAGCGCAAAGGAUAUUGGAGCGGAUAUCGUGACGAUGAGGAGUUCGAUGAUGCUGGUGAUCUGAUCAAGGCGCUCAAGGGCGAUGGGUCAGGGCAGUUUAGUGAGGUCGAGGUCAGGAAGGCAUUGAGAGGGCUUGGACGAGAAGAGAGGAUGCGAUUAAUUGCAAUCAUCCUUGAUUCAUGCUUGCCUGGCGAUAUUCGCCUCCAGAUCCUCCUGCUAGAGAAAUAUGCCCGGUCAACCUUCGACGUACUCGGCAGCCUUUCUCCUGAUCUCGCUUUCCGAAUCUUGAGACUGCUGUCUGUCCGCGAGCUCCUUGCCGUCGAGCCAGUCUCGCGAAAAUGGCAGCAAUUCGUGCACCAUCCCGCCCUCUGGCAGUACCACUGCCUACGCAUCACUGAACACGACCCUACGCCCGUCCAACCACCUGCAAAACCCGAGGGCUGGUAUCCCCUUUAUCGCUCCCUGCACCACCGCGAGUCGAACUUCCGGAACGCCCUUCCGCAGAGCAUCCGCUUCCUCAACGGGCACACCAAUUUCUGCACGACGCUGCUGCUACGCGGGAAGCGUCUCAUCAGCGGGAGCUAUGACGAAACGAUCCGGUUCUGGGACAUCGAGACGGGCGAGAUGAAGAAGUGCCUCCAAGUAAAGAAGCCAGUCAGCUGUGUCGACUUUUUGGCGGAGGAAGAGGUGUUCGUUGUCGGGUUCCAUGACGUCGGUCGCGUACACCUUUUCUCUUCAGUUACUUUCACACCCCUGCAACAACUCGCUGGGCAUCUGAAUGGUAUCCGCGCCGUUGCUCUCUCGUCAAAGUGCCUUGUUUCAGCGGGUGCCGACAAAGCUCUUGUAUGCUGGGACUGGCGUACUGGCACAAAAAUCGUCCGUUUCGGGCAACAGACAACAGUCAACAUUGGUGUGCAACUCAUUGCUGGUGAUGGAGGCGGAGGAGGGGCAGAAGAGGGUGAGAGGGUGGUCAGCGUGACUAUCGAUGGUAUUGUGCGGGUGUUCUCUAUCAAGAGGAGAGAGAUGGUUUCGCAAUUCAAGCUGGCAGAGCUCGGUGCUGGGGACCCCGUGUUGAACGCCAAGUUAAUCAACGUUGGAACAGCACCAAACAAUAUGCUUCAAUGGUUCGCAGCUAAAGGUACACAAAUGACUUGUGCUACGAAAUCCGUCAUUCUUCAUCUCCAAUGGCAAGAAGGCGAGGAGGCACCCAUCGCAGCAGCCUCUCUGACCGCCAGUUCGCCAGUCGCCCUGACCUCCAGCCAAGGCCCACCACGCACCCGUUUGGGCUCUACCUUCAAUCGCUCCUUGACCUCCUCGAACAUCUCGACUCCCGGUCGCCGUUCUUCCCUCAUGUCGUCUACUAGCAGUAUGGCCCAGAAAUCGCUGUUGGGUGUCAGUGGUGGACCGAAAAGCCCCUUGAGCCCAUCCUCUCGAAAUAGCACACCCUCUGGAGCGUUCCCAUUACGGUUUGGAAGGGCGACAAUCUUGACUGCCCCGCCAAAGCUGGUUGGAAUCGUGGAGACGCCUGAUAUUGCGGUUGGCGCUGUGGAUCCUAGGAAGAGGCGGGUUGUUACUGCUACGAGGUUCAGCUCGAGGGCUGGUGCUGAUCGACGAAUCUUCGUGUCCACACACCAAGACAAGGAGAAGCCUAUCCCACAAGCCAGCGAAGGUGACGAAGAAGACGACCUCAACUUCAUCACUCAACACCUACCGCCUCUACCCACGGUCGACAUCGACACCGAUAUUGCCACCAUGACGGGUGCUUGGGGUGCUCUCGCCGACGUCAGUGGCCCCUCAACGGCUGGUAUCAAGGGACUCCUUGGCCAGCUCCCGCCCAAAUUCGCUGGCCUCGCCACCCCAGAGAAGAACCCAAUGUCGAUGCAGCUCAGCCACGAGGAGGUCGUGGUUGGAUGUGCUGAUGGCACGAUCUAUGUUAUGAAUUUCGUUGGAUAUGAUUACAAGCUAGAGAAGAAGCCCUCCUUGAUUUCAGAGGAAGUUCUUGAAGACGAUGACGACGAUUAUGACAGUGACGACUAG